AUGCUGAGCAGCAGCGUGUUCGAGCCGUCCGGGGAAAUCCGGCAUCUCCACUUCCACUUCCACAUGUACGGGGUGGACAAUGAAAUGGGCCGCUUGCGGCUGGAAGCUUUCAGCAGCGCUGGGUGGACGGAGCUGUGGGCGCGAACAGGAGCGCAAGGCGUUAAUUGGAAGCUGGCCGUGGUGCACUUGCAGCCAAACGUCACGGCAGUGCGUUUCGUCGGGACCACACCUGCUUUUGGCUGGUACAGCGAUAUGGCGUUGGAUGGCAUCACCACUGGGCUGACGGCCGUGGAGUUCGAACAUCUCACUUGUGAUUUCCUUCCUGAUUCCUGCCUGUGGCAGAGCACUGGUGCCUCUUCCUGGCAGCUUGCAGGCAGUGCGACUGACCCGUGGCUGGAGGCUUCUGGGAACAGUUCCCAAGCUCCGGAAUGGAUCUUGUCGGCGGCACUCUUCAACACCACGGAGGAGAAGGUCUUGCUUUUCGACUACCAGCUCUCCGGCUCGGAGACCGUGGCUUUGGAACUACAACACAAAACCUCCGCUGGCGGCUGGCAGCGUUUGCUGCUCGAGUCGGGUGACCGCAGCACCGUUUGGCACACCGCCAUCGUCACCAUCCCUGAAGCCACCGUGGGCCUCCGCUUCGUGGCCAACGUCACCACCGAUCUCGACAUGGUGAAGCUGGAUUCCUUGUGGGCCAUGGAGUCCGCUGGAGCUCUGGCGGACGUGAGCUGCACCUUCGAGCAGGACACCUGCAAGUGGGCAGGAGACUGGCAGCGCCGUAGCCACCCCUCUGCAGAUCCUACCCACACAGGGCCCGAGGCCGCCUUCCACGCCGAGAGCUAUGUCUAUACAGGAGGAAUUGGUGAUGAGGCGUUCCUGAGCACCAGCCCAGGUGUUCAUGCUCAAAGCCCGGUCUUCCCCAAGCUCGUCAACGUCUCCUACCUGGAGUUCGCGUAUCACAUGCUUGGGACUAGCGUCGGCAAGCUGGAGCUAUGGAGGCGACUGGCUUCAGGCCAAGGUGACGCUCCCAACCGGGGUGGAGAUGCUGCGCUUCGAGAGCUCUGCGGGGCUUCCGGCCAAUCGUCCGAAGUAGCUUUGGACGCGAUCCUCGCCUGGGAGGGGCCGGAAGCAGCCCCGGCAGAGUUCCUCAGCCUUUCUUCUACUAACGCGCACAACUGUGCAGUUCUCAAGGCCGAGGGCCUCCUGAAGUGCUGGGGAUAUGGCGGUGACGGCCGGUUGGGUUACGGUAGCGAAGAAAAUGUGGGGAUGGCUCCCGGCCAGAUGGGCGAGAACCUGCCGGUGGUGGACCUCGGGGAGCCGGGCGUUCGAGUGACGGAGGUGUCCUGCGGUGCCUGGCACACCUGCGCAGUUCUCGAGACGGGCGUGGUGAAAUGCUUCGGGAGCUGGUCCGGCCGGCUUGGCCACGGAGCCGCCUUCCAUAUUGGAGACGAUCCCUUCGAGAUGGGCGUGCACCUGCCAGCCACGGACCUGGGCCCUGGUGUGGAUGUGGUGCAGGUGGCUGCUGGAUGGGGCCACACCUGCGCUCUGCUUCGAGGUUGCGAGCUGCCAGAUCCCGGCUACCCGGAGAGCCGUGGCAACGAUCCCGGCGAGAUGGGCUCGGAGCUCCCUGCGGUUGACCUGGGCACGGACUUCCAAGCGGCGCAGCUCGCCCUGGCAGAUUCCCACAGCUGUGCUCUCUCAAGCCAAGGUGCCGUGAAAUGUUGGGGACAGAGCGACCGCCUGGGACUGGGACUUGGGGAUAGCGGAGUGUACAUCGGCGCCAGCCCCAACCAGAUGGGUGAUGCUCUGCCUGCAGUGGACUUGGGUCCCCUUCCUGCGCAGAUUACAGCCGGAUUUUCGCACGCUUGCGUCGUCCUGUCCGACGGCGCGGUAAAGUGCUGGGGUCGGAAUCACGUGGGGCAGCUGGGGCACGGCAACCUUGAAGAUGCGGGAGAACAGCCCGGUGAGAUGGGCGUCAAUCUUCCUGCUACGGAUCUGGGUGAUGGCAUGACGGUCGUCCGUAUCACGUCUGGCGGUGAUCACACUUGUGCCAUCCUGCAAGAUGCAUCCCUCAAGUGUUGGGGCUUGGGAGCAAGCGGCCAGCCUGGGCCUCAGUCAGUUAGGCUCGGCCAGGGCAACACGCAGAACUUGGGUGAUGAGCCCUCAGAAAUGGGAUCCAAUCUCCGCGCGGUCGACUUCGGCAAUCUCGAGGUGCGGGACGUGAGUGCCGGUACCCACCACACCUGCGUGCUCCUGGACGACGACAGCACGAGGUGCGGCUGCGCUCUCCAACAAAGCUCGUAG